UUAUAGUGUAAUUAAUAUACUAUACUAUAAUAUAAUUGCAGUAUUUUUAUGUUCAUUUAUAUUUAAUAACAUAAAAAAGCGUUUAGUUUGUCUUCCGAUCAUUUUGCUAUAAAACUAAAUGCAUAUAACAAGAUCAAAAAUACACAUACUUUAUUAUAAAAAACUUAUUAUAAAAAAACAACUUGAUUUUGCUUGUACUUUGCCAACAGUAAUAUUGUGGUUGAUGCACUUAUGUAUAAAACCAUAUAGAUAGGAGGACAAGUGUAUCGUACGAAUGCACGCACUAGAAUGAAGCACGUAAAACUGCGACUCCGAAAACAAGCAACUGCGCCUGCGUUAACUUCGAUAAAAAAACUAUAUCAUGAAUGAAUGUUUCUAUGACAUUAAGACCUAUCCAUGGCAUGUCUUUUUCGGUCUAAAAUUGAUCGUUUAAUAGCCCACCAUUUCCCUAGUGAAGAUACCAAAUUGCAAACAUUCUGAUGCUACGGUAAUAUUUUAUGCUGUCUUGCGUUAUAGCUACUUAAAAUUAAACGAAUGAUGAAAAUAUUUAUGCUAGAGAAGCAGCAGGUUGCGAAAAACUCGAUCGAAGAGGGAAGAUAUGCAAAUUCUCGGCAAUCUUUUUGUUUCAAACGCAUCUCGAUACUCGCAGAGAAAUGAUCUGCAUUCAGACACAAGACUUUAAUAUCAAUCGAAUUCUUCUGCUCCUAAUCGGCUUAUGGCCUUAUCAGCGAUCAAAAAUGGUUCACUUUCAGGUAAUCUUGUUCUUUGGUAUUAUGGCAUGCUCUGUUAUACUUCAGAUUACAAUAUUUAUAACUAUAGAAUGCACCACUGACAUUCUUAUCAGUAUUGUUUCUACGACGCUAUAUGUUCUUGCAUAUAUGAUCAUAUAUAUUUCGUUCUGGAUUAACAUGCAUACGGUGAGAUAUUUAUUGGAACAAUUGCAAUGCAUCUGCAAUGAACUUAAGGAUGCAAAUGAAAUCACUAUUAUAAAAAAAUAUGGAAACAAAACAAAAUGUCAAACCAUUAUGCUUCUAUCAAUUACUUUAUGCGGCUUGCUUAUUUUCAUUUCACUGACCAUUUGGCCACGGAUUAUUGAUAUUGAUAUUGUUCUGCUUAUAAACGACUCACAACCAUGUCACGCCAGACAUGCUAUUAUAACUGAGUACUUUCUCGAUGAAGAAAGGUAUUUCUACUUAGUCCUGUUGCAAAUGUACGUAACAUUUUUUAUAGGAGGGUUUACAAUGACAGCGACAGGAACAAUGCUCCUGGGUUAUAUCAAAUAUAUCUGUGGAAUGUUUAAAAUUGCCAGUUACCGCAUUGAACAUGCAAUGAUGAUUAACAUGCUCGAAAAUAUCAAAGUGAAAGAGGAAAUUGGUAUUAACAAAAGAAUAAUCUAUGGCAUUCAAAUCCAUAGUAAAGCUAUGAAAUUUUCUAAGUUUUUGAUAUCUAGUUUUGAAGGAAUGUUCUUGGCUUCAAUAUGUAUUGCUAUACUUGUCUUGAGUCUAAAUCUUUUUGGGAUGUUUCGUUAUGUUUUGGUUAAAGAUGCAGGAAAAAGUGUUCUACACAGUAUAAUGGUAGUUUUAUUACUCGUGUUAAUGUUUUUAGCUAAUUCUGCCAGUCAAGAUAUCAUAGAUUACAAUAAUGAUGUAUUUUCUGCGGCGUGCAAUAUUCAAUGGUACGUAGCACCCUUACGCACACAGAAACUGAUACUAUUUUUACUGCAAAGAGGUAAUACAAUUUUCAAUCUAAGGAUUGCUGGAGUAUUUACAGGAUCUUUUGAAUGCUUCGCUACAAUGACGAAACAAGCGAUAUCUUACUUCACCGUUAUAUAUUCUACGCAGCAAUGAUAUGGAUAUAAUCAGUCGUAAAAGAUACGUUUUCUUUUAUUUUGAAAUAAUUAAAUCGUGCGUGAUUCAAGCAAGAUUUGCAUAAAUUACAUAAUGUAUAUUAAUGUUAUUAUUAUCCGAUUAUUGCCGUAUCUAAAUAAUCAAUCUGCAUAUCCACAAAUAUUUAGUUUCCGGUAAGAAAGAUAUCUUUAAUUUUUGUACUGAAGCAGAUUUUUGUACAACAGCAUGCGAUACAACACAUAUACACACAUAUUUAAGAAUUGUCAGCAAUAAAACAUGUGAUUGCUCAAA